AUGAGAGUUGGCGGCCACAACAACAGAGAUGACGAGAACAAUACCUUCGUGAGGCGGCACCCGCUAGGUGUGAGGCCAUCCGGAAAUGCGCUUGUUGCAACACAAAACCUCAAAGACUCAUCUGGUCGCUUUGCCUUAUUGCCAGACGAGCUACUGGCCUCUUGCCUCGACAUCCUCCCGCCUCAGGAUCUGCUUCGGCUCGGAGGCACGUGUCGGGCACUUCACGCAUUUACAAGAAACGAGGAAUUGUGGCGCACGCUAUUUGUUGAGUCAUCUCCCCAAAACUUCUCUUGGCAAGGCACGUGGCGCUCGACAUACCUUGGACAGCCUGCAAGUCAGGAGCCUAGAGUUGAUUGCGGCAAUCUGUUUUCUGAUGUUCUGUAUCGCCCUUUCUUCUGCGCCCAUGUACCGCUUCACCAGUACGCGCAGGGCAUCCCGAAGCAGAAUGAGAUCGAACGAUUUGGCGAUCUCUCCUACGACGAGUUCGCAGCGGAAUGGUACUGCCAGCCUUUUAUCCUGACAGAUCCUGUCAAGAAGUGGCCAGUCUACAAAUCCUGGACGCUCGACCAUUUGUUGAACAAAUACUCAAACGUACCUUUCCGUGCUGAAGCCGUAGACUGGCCUCUUAAAACUUACAUCCAGUACAUGCAAAACAGCCGGGACGAAUCACCUUUAUACCUCUUCGACCGCGCCUUCGCAGAAAAAAUGAAUCUGCACGUCUCCGACCAGCCCAGCGAAAAAGCAGAUUACUGGCCCCCAACAUGCUUCGGACCAGACCUCUUUAAUCUCCUAGGCGAUCAAAGACCAGAUCAUCGCUGGCUUAUCGGAGGACCCGAUCGCAGCGGCAGUACUUUCCACAAAGACCCCAACGCAACCAGCGCAUGGAACGCAGUGAUCAAGGGAUCGAAGUACUGGAUCAUGUUCCCAUCCUCACCCUCAAUCCCGCCUCCACCUGGAGUUUACGUCUCCGAAGACCAGAGCGAAGUCACGAGUCCUCUCAGUAUUGCAGAAUGGCUUCUCGGCUUCCACGCGGAGGCAAGAAGGACAGCAGGCUGCAAAGAAGGCAUUUGUUAUGAGGGAGAGGUGCUUUACGUGCCCUCAGGCUGGUACCACCUAGUCCUGAAUCUAGAAACUAGCAUCGCCAUUACUCAGAACCUUGUGCCGCGAAGUAGACUUGGAGCUGUACUGCAUUUCCUGAGAGACCAGAAGCAGAGUAUCUCAGGUUUCAGAGAUGAUGUGCAAGAUCCGUACGGUCUUUUCCUCGAACGUUUGCGAGAGCAUGAUCCGGCGCUUCUUGACGAGGGCUUGGCGGAGUUGGAUCGAUUGAGUAAGAUUGGUAAGAACUGGGAGACGAUCACGAAAGUUGAUGAGGAGGACGGGGCUGAGCAGGGUGGUUUCUCGUUUGGGUUUGGAGGUGAUGACGAUGAUGAUGAAGAGAUUCCAUGA